AUGGCCGAGCCUCAACCGGACAUUCAGAGCAUCCUCGCGGCUCUUGCCGCUCAACAGCCUGCGGGCACUGCAUCGACGCAGACACCUCCUGGCGCUCCAGGCCAAUCGUAUGCUCCUCCACCAGGCGCUCCUCAGGCCGGCUACCAGAGCCCUCCUGCCGGCGGCGCUGGCUACGGCGCCCCUUCUCAGCAGGGCCUGCCUGCCCCCGCGGCCUCUGGUAGCGUCGACCUGAGCGCCAUUCGCCCGGUGAACUCAGGCACUAUGAGCUUUGAUGACGUUCUCUCCAAAGCCCGUGCCUUUGCCGCCGCCAAGGGCGUCGCCUCCUACGACCAACCCCUCGUUUAUGGCGCCGAAUCCCGAAACUCGGACCGACCGUACAUACGCUCACGAUCGAGAUCACCUCAGCGCGACCACCACAAUGCUCGUCGUGGCGGUCACGGUCGCGAGCACGGUCGAGACCGAUCCUGGUCCCCGCCUUCCCGUGGCAGGCACUCUCCUCGCGGCGGUAAGGGCCGCGACCGCUCGCCUAUCCGCUCUGGGGGCGGUGGCGAUGAAGAUUCCGAAACCAUUUCCAUCGAAUCGAGCCUCGUUGGUCUCAUUAUUGGCCGCAAUGGCGAAAACCUGCGCAGAAUCGAAAGCGAAUCCGGCUGCCGUGUGCAAUUUCUGUCUCCAACCGAUGGUGGUCCUUUCCGCCAGUGCAGAAUCAGCGGUCCUGCAGCUCGCCGUGCUGAGGUCAAGGAUGCCAUCAACCGCAUCAUUGAAGACAGUGGGAUGGGUGCGCUGAAUCGUGCUGAAGAACAGCCUAGCCAAGACGCUGCUGGCGGCCUUCGCGAUGGCGAGGACCACAUGCAAAUUAUGGUCCCUGACCGGACUGUCGGUCUCAUCAUUGGUCGUGGUGGGGAGACGAUCCGUGACCUCCAAGAGCGCUCGGGGUGUCACAUCAAUAUUGUGCACGAGUCCAAGAGUGUCAAUGGCCUGCGACCUGUCAACCUGAUUGGCACUCCGACGGCCACAGCUCGUGCCAAGGACUUUAUCCUAGAGAUUGUCGAUAGUGACAGUCGUACCGAUGCUCCUCAAGGCGCAGCUCCCGGUGGCAGCAAGCCUCCUCCUAUGUCGCGUAGCGGCGGUGGCCAGUCUCGCGACAAUUACAACCAGCACAACAAUCCUUACGAUGCUCCCGGCAAAGUUACGGAAGCCAUUUACGUCCCUUCUGACGCUGUUGGCAUGAUUAUCGGCAAGGGUGGCGAGACUAUUCGCGAAAUUCAGUCCCAAGCAGAAUGCAAAAUCAACGUGGCGUCGUCGUCCGGCCCGGGCGAGGUGCAGCGCGAGAUUUCGCUGAUUGGCGCGCCUGCUAGCAUCGAGCGCGCCAAGCAGUUGAUUGACGAAAAGGUGGAAGCAGUGAAACAAAAGAAUACCGGAGGCGGCGGUAGAGGCGGCCGUGAACGCCAUGACGGCGGAGGCCGCGGCGGCCAUCACGACCGCGGACACAGCGACCGCGGCGGAAACAACUACUCGCAGCCACCGUCUACUAACGCGCCGCCACAAGGCGCUUCAGGUGACGCUUCGGAUCCAUAUGCACAGUAUGGCGGUUAUCAAAACUACGUGGCCCUAUGGUAUCAGUCCCUGAUGUACCAACAACAACAGCAAGGCGGAGGAGAUGGUACCCCACCAGCCGGAGCGCCGCCGAAAUGA